AUGUCUACUUCCCCAGCGGCUAGUGAAACUAUUGCAGUCUCUGACUCUGUUGCGCUUGUUCAUGUCAACAUGACCAACGUAACCAAGCUCACGGCUUCCAAUUUCCUCAUGUGGAGCAGGCAGGUCCACGCUCUCUUUGACGGAUACGAACUAUUCGGCUAUCUCGACGGAUCCACAGAGAUCCCGUCACCAACUCUCACUGCAGACAACAUUGUCUCGGUCAAUCCAAACUACACGGUUUGGAAACGCCAAGACCGCCUGAUCUACAGCGCUCUUCUUGGUGCCAUUACACCCUCCGUUCAGUCGCUGCUCUCCACUACCACCACUGCUGCGGAGAUCUGGACCACGCUCUCCUCGACCUACGCAAAACCAAGCAGAGGUCACUUCAAACAACUAAAACUUCAGAUCAACCAAUGGACUAAAGGUAACAAGUCCAUCAACGAUUACUUUCAAGGGCUCACAACUCGCUUCGACCAACUAGCUCUUCUCGGCAAAGCUAUGGAUCUGGAAGAUCAAAUUGAGUACCUUCUCCAGGGUCUUCCGGAAGAAUACAAAACUGUGGUUGAUCAAAUUGAGGGACGUGAUUCUCCACCAUCUCUUACUGAGAUUCACGAGAAGCUGAUCAAUCACGAAGCCAAGUUACAAACCGCACUUAUGCCAUCAUCCUCUACUCCAGUCUCGGCCAACGUUGCGACUCACCGUGGCUCCAACAACAACAAUAACUUCCGCAGGCAGAACCAUUCCAACAACAACCGUGGGAACCAAACUUGGCAACAACAGCAGCAGUUUCAACCUCACCAAGACAACUAUCCUCCACGGGGAUACCAAGGAAGGUGUCAGAUUUGUGGCGUACACGGCCACAGUGCAAGGCGUUGCUCCCAAAUUAACCUCUCCGGUGGAUUUCUUGGAACUCAGCCACGCCCACAACAACCAACCUCUGCUCCAUGGCAGCCGCGAGCGAACUUGGCAUCUACCCCGACAUACAACGCCAACAAUUGGGUGAUGGACAGUGGUGCCACUCACCACUUGACCACGGACCUGAGCAACUUAUCGCUCCAUCAGCCGUAUCUUGGUGGCGAGGAGGUCACCAUAGCCGACGGUACAAAUCUCCAUAUCUCGCAUACUGGUUCAAGCCAACUUCCUACUCUAUCUAAACCUUUAACACUUACUGAUGUUCUCUAUGUUCCCGACCUCAAAAAGAACCUAAUUUCCGUUUAUCGUUUGUGUAAUGCUAACCGUGUGUCUGUGGAAUUCUUCCCGGCUUCGUUUCAGGUGAAGGACCUCAGCACGGGGGCCCGAUUGCUCCAAGGCAAGACUAAAGAUGAGCUGUACGAGUGGCCGGUUACACCCAAACCCAUCUUCUCUCUUGCGGCCUCACCUACACCUAAAACAGAUCUCAGUUCGUGGCAUUCAAGACUUGGCCACCCUUCUCCUUUAAUUUUACAAACUCUUGUUGCUCAGUUUCAUCUGCCUCUUUCUUUGUUACAAAAACAAUUUGCUUGUUCCGAUUGCCUAAUCAAUAAAACUCAUAAACUCCCUUUUUCCACAAACACUAUAACCUCAAACCAUCCACUUGAAUAUCUCUAUAGCGAUGUCUGGUCUUCUCCCCUACUUUCAGUUGACAAUUACAAAUAUUAUCUUGUAAAUGUCGACCACUAUACCCGAUAUACCUGGCUUUAUCCGUUGAAGCAGAAGUCACAAGUCCGUGAGGUGUUCAUCGCGUUCAAGGCUCUCGUCGAGACAAAAUUCCAAACAAAAAUCCGAACUUUGUACUCUGAUAACGGUGGCGAGUUCAUUGGCCUACGCCAAUUCCUGACAGCACACGGCAUUUCCCAUCUCACCUCACCGCCACACACUCCCGAACACAACGGCAUCUCCGAGAGAAAGCACCGUCACAUUGUUGAAACGGGCUUGACUCUCCUCGGCAACUCCAAAAUGCCAAAGAGCUACUGGCCGUUCGCGUUCUCCACGGCGGUCUACUUAAUCAAUCGCUUACCAACUGCCGUCCUCGGAAACGAAUCUCCAUACCAUAAGCUUUUUCAACAACAACCCAAUUACCUGAAACUUCGAGUUUUUGGGUGCUCUUGCUUUCCAUGGUUGAGACCAUACACAAAACACAAGCUGGAGGAUCCUACCGGCCGGAUCUACACCUCUCGCCAUGUGACUUUUGACGAAACGACGUUUCCCUUCUCCGCCUCUGAAAAUCCAACUCCGAAUUCACCCACCGACUCUCCAAUUGCUCACGCCCCAGCCACAAUCCUCACUCACCGACCACCGCCACUCGCUCCAGCUCCUCCGCAGUCCUUGCCGGAGUCGUCGUCCUCGCGCUCAAGUUCUCACCAGUCAUCGUCGUCGUCGUCGGACACUCCACCGUCACCAGGUAACAUUCACAACUCUGAUAUGGGCCUUGAUGAAUCCCAAAGCCCAUCAUCUGGGCCCACGACACCUACCUCUCACAAUAACCAAACUUCCCCUCUCCCAAUUCCCACCAACGAAAAUGACCUAAGCCCAAUAGCAUCUUCACCCUCUCAUGAAACUUCUGAGCCCAUCAUAUCACCAAAUCCUUCCCCGACUUCCUCUUCCUCCUCCGCCGCGUCGGAACAACCACCACCUCCGAUCGAAAAUGCCCAUCCUAUGACUACUAGAGCUAAAAACAACAUCACCAAACUAAAUCACAAGUUUAGCCUCCUCACCAAAAGAACCACUACACCCUUUAUUCCCACAACAGUCAACCAAGCCUUGCGAGAUCCUCGAUGGAGAAACGCUAUGGGAGAUGAGUUCAACGCUCUAAACAGGUAUAAGGCUCGCUUUGUGGCCAGAGGUUUUACACAGCAACAAGGGAUUGAUUACGCAGAGACUUUUAGUCCAGUGGUGAAAUCGGAUACAAUUCGUGUGGUUUUACAACUUGCAGUUAGCAACGCCUGGCCUAUCAAGCAACUUGACGUUAAUAACGCCUUCUUGCAAGGAACUCUCACCGAUGAAGUUUAUGUCGCACAGCCACCUGGUUUUGUUGACAAAGACCGACCAGAUCACGUUUGUCGUCUCCGCAAGGCCUUGUAUGGACUUAAACAGGCGCCUCGGGCCUGGUAUGAAGAACUCAAGAGCUUUCUUCUUUCUAUUGGGUUUUGCAAUUCCCUAGCUGACACAUCUGUCUUCACACGGAUCCACAACGGUACGAAAUUCUAUAUCCUUGUCUAUGUUGAUGACAUAAUUGUCACAAGUAGCAGUCAACCUCUCAUCACGAAGGUCAUAGACACGCUCUCUGCCCGCUUCUCACUCAAAGAACCAACCGACUUGAGCUACUUCCUUGGGAUUGAAGCUAUUCGGAGCCCACACGGACUCCACCUGAUGCAGAAGAAGUACAUCAUCGACUUGCUCGCCAAGACCAAAAUGCUUGACGCUAAACCUGUGUCUACACCUCUCGCUCCAACUCCAAAGCUCACAUUGGCAACUGGUACGCCUCUCCCUGAACCUCGCGAAUAUAGGAUGGUGUUCAUGCAUCGGCCCACCGAUGUACAUUGGCAAGCCGCCAAACGCGUCCUCCGUUACCUUGCAGGCACUCCGUCUCACGGUAUCUACUUCCGCGCUGAUAGUCCCGACACUCAUGAUUAUGUCUCCACCAAUGCAUACAUUCUGUUUCUCGGAAGCACACCAAUUGCCUGGUCUUCUAAGAAGCAAAAAGGUGUUGCUCGUUCAUCUACUGAGUCCGAGUAUCGUGGAGUCGCCAACACCGCUGCUGAGAUCAGAUGGAUCUGCUCACUACUGACGGAACUCGGCAUCACGUUACCAUCAGUACUGGUCAUCUAUUGCGAUAACGUUGGCGUUACAUACCUCUGUGCAAAUCCUGUUUUCCAUUCACGGAUGAAGCACUUGGCAUUAAACUAUCACUUUAUUCGCGACAAUGUCCAGUCAGGUGCCUUACGAGUGACGCAUCUCUCCACCAAAGACCAAUUGGCCGACGCUCUCACAAAGGCACUACCACGACCAAGAUUCUUGGAACUUUUUAGCAAGAUUGGAGUAAAAGAGUUUCCUCUAUCUUGA